UAAUGCUGUAAAAAAAGGUGCUUUAACAAAUGAAAUUUGACCGAUUUAAACAAAACUGUGAAUAUAUCAGCCUUUAUGUAGGUAAUUACCACUCUUAGACUGUUACUCAAUUACUGAGCUAGACUUUAUGGCUUUUUAAAUCUGAUUUUGUUUUGUAAACUGGGAAAUGUUAUCUCACCCUUUGCAAUUUUUAAAUCAGUUAAUCUUCUGUUUCCCCAUCCUUAUUUAAGAUUUUGUUGCGUGGCUCCAAAACUGUUAUGUAAUUGAUUUACUGUUAAUUGUGCUACAACAUUAUUACAUCAAAGAAUUUGAGGUUUUAUUCUUAAAACUGAUGCCUGGAUAAACGUGUGAAAGACCUUAGGUUUAAAACUGAACGUGACCUGCAUGUCUCUGGGUUUACAGAGAUAACCUUUCCCCCACAUGAAAAGAAUCUGGAUUGAGACAAAACAAGGCCGAUUCGCCGUUGCCCUGGUGACUAAUGCACGGGUGUAAUUGUGGGGUUUCAGGCAUUGUUCUGUGUGUUCAGCUGAUGGAGAGAGUGCUGAUAGUAAACCUCUUAGGGAUCUGAAGACUUACCUAAGUCCUGCAACAAUACUCUCCGUUAUGGAGGAUCAGCCGGUGGCCCCCCUCCUCCAGCCUCUGAGUCUGCAUACACUCACAGGAACAAACCUUUGCACAUUCACAUGGCUGUCUCCUGCCUGUGAUUAGGCACCAAAUCUGGGUUGCCAACAUUCCUCAGUCGACCCCACUGCUCCGUCAAACUGAGCGGCGUUCUUGCAUGACUGCACAGAACCGGAGGAGACACAUCACCCACACAGACUCUUCUCAUUCUCAUCCUCUUUUAGGAUUUUUAGCAAAAAUUUACUACAGCGCAAAAGAGAUUUGAUUAACAACAAAUAAGUUGGAUUACUUCCACCUGCUUGAGCAGAGAGGAAGUAUCUCAAAUCAAAUGGUCGCAACCAGGUCAGCUAAAAGAAUCAGGAAAAACAGAGCCAAAUAACUUUCUUGUACUGGAUUUUUCCUGCGUGGAGGACUACAUUUUUUAUCCUUCACUUGCGUGUUUCCUGAUACAAAAGGAUUCUCUGAGGCACUAGGGAAGCUCCUUUUUUAUGCUUAAAAGAUGGACCUGUUACCGGAUGGUUCACGGUUGCGCUCGGACAGCACGAGCAGCUCUGAGUCUCAGGGCUCCAGGUCGAAGACGAUCCUCCGCCAGCGCCUGUCCGAGCUGAUGACCUGCAUAGAGGACAUGAGUUCUGAUGACGAAGCCGGCGAGGAAGUGUCCCGCACGCUGGACGAAGCCUUUCAGCUUUGUGCACGAUUACUCCCCACAGAUGCAUUCAGGCUGUACAUGGUCACCUGGAAUGUGGCAACAGCAGAACCUCUUGAGGACGUCGCCUCAUUGCUACAACUAAAUGAUCAACCCUCCAUAGACCUUUAUGUGAUUGGCUUGCAGGAAGUAAAUGCCACACCUGUGAGAUUUAUCUCAGACUUGAUAGCAGAAGAUUCCUGGAGCCAUCUUUUCAUGGACACACUGGGACCCAAAGGCUUUGUAAAGGUCACAUCGGUGAGGAUGCAGGGUUUGCUGCUGCUGGUUUUUGCCAAAAUGAUGCAUCUCCCCUUCAUCAGAAACAUCCAGACCACCUACACUCGCACUGGCAUCUUUGGCUACUGGGGAAAUAAAGGUGCCGUCUCUGUACGCCUUUCCUUCUACGGCCAUAUGAUGUGCUUCCUCAACUGCCACCUUGCAGCUCACAUGCACAAUGCCCUGCAACGCGUUGACGAGUUUGAGUACAUUCUGGAAACACAAGACUUUGACAUCUUUGACACGCCUCAUGUCCUGGACCACAAGGUGGUGUUCUGGUUUGGUGAUCUGAACUUCCGUAUCGAGGACCAUGGCUUGCAUUUUGUCCGCUCAUCCAUCAAUGGAGGACGCCUCAAUUUGCUGUGGAGCAAGGACCAGCUCAUCAUGAUGAAGAAAAAGGAACCCUUUCUGCAGGAGUUUGACGAAGGGCCACUGAAUUUUAAACCCACCUAUAAGUUUGACCGUAAAGCUGACUCCUAUGACUCCAGCUCUGCAAAGACAUGGUUGGGUUUUAACAGCAAGAAGAGAAAGCCAGCCUGGACGGAUCGGAUCCUCUGGCGGAUUAAGCCUAAAAGCCUCCCAUCAGAAGAGGAUGAUGAUGAUGAUGAGAAGGCAUCAACUUCUCCUGAUGAUGGGCAAGAGGAGUAUCCAAUCAUGGUCACCCAGAACACAUACACCAGUGUCAUGAGCUACGGAGUCAGUGACCACAAGCCAGUCAUUGGAAAUUUUACUCUGGAGCUGAGAAAAUACUUCGACACACAACUGGUAGACUUGGCACCUGUAGGCGAGUGGAGCGCAGACCAAAAUGCACUUCUGACUUAUACCAUCCUAGAGGACUUCAUGUCUUCUACAUGGGACUGGAUUGGCCUCUACAAGGUCGGAUUCAAGAGUGCGUCUGACUAUGAAACCUUUGUAUGGGUCAGAGAGAACGAGCUGCCAGAAGUUAAUGAGGUCAUUGAGAAAUCUGUGGUUAAAGAUGACCUCCCUCUGCUAAGCGGAGAAUAUGUUCUGGGUUACUACAGUACAAACCUGAACAGCAUCGUUGGCCUUAGCGAUAACUUCCAGAUCCUGGAAUCCAAGCGAGCUGCCAUGGAAGGUCUUGUAUCUAAAGACAUCAAUGGGGUCGACAAAUAAAAGAAACAUUGCUGCAGUGCCCUGAUGUAAACUUCUGCACCAUGAUUGUGAUUCAGACUUUAAAUUGCCCAGCUACAUGAUGAGAUGGUUGGGAACAUCAAUCUUGUAUUUGCUGUUUUCCUUAAGAUUCAUUCUUCUAAAAUUGGACCUUUGGUUGAGAAUAAAUUACUAAUAAAAUCAAA